UUCUUACUUUUCUAUGAACUUAUAUGAACUUAAGAGGAUGUGAAUUCUCUUUUCUAAAGUUUGAAGAUAUUUUUUAAAAAUAAAAAUAAAAAGAAUUGGAAGAUAUAAUUUUCUUUAUAUAAAAUAAAAAAGACACGAGGUGAUGAAGUUUGAAUUCAACAACUUAUCGGAUCCGAAACCGCACCAACCCAAAAACUGAGCUGAUAUCAGCCUUUGCCGACUGAGAAGAAGCAAAAGACGAAGCAUUUAUCGAUUUGAUUGAAGGAAGGAAAUAUGGCCACAAACAGCAGAGAAGCCCGAAGGAGGAAGAUCAUGGAGCGAGGAUCCGACCGCCUUGCCCUAAUCACGGGUCGGAUCCAAACCCUACCAUCCUCUUCUUCUUCAUUAACAGACCCAGCAACUCACCGUGAAGAAACAGACCCACCAUCGCACCCGUUGAUUUCCCAUGAUCAGGAGCCCCAAAUCGAUGUCCCAGAUCAAAUCCCAGUGGUCACCCCUGAGAUUGAGGAAAAGGGGUUUGAUUUGCAAUGUGACACAAAUACUGAAGAAGUCUUUGGAGCCACUGAUUCACAAGGCGAACCACUUGUGUCCUCAGCAUCAGCGGUUGAAAGACCAUCACCAUCAUCAUUACCAACAUUAACACCAUUUCAAAAACCUAGACUUGUCACUUGGACUGGAAUAAGUGAUGCCAUUGAAGCAACAGAAAGGACCCGCAUUUACAUUUCAGUGGCAGUAGCCUUCUUGAUGGUUUUAGCCCAUCUGGGUUUUCCAUUACUUGGGAGUAAAAUGGUGAAGAUCCUUUUGGGUUUUAGGCCUCUGUAUCUAGUUUUGGUGACCAAUGUAACACUUGUGCUUGUGCGAAUUGUCGAGAGCGGUAGACGAAGACUCUCUGGAAUGGCUGGCAGACUUGGUGAGCUUAAUAUGCCAGUUGACGGAUAUGAAUGGGCUGAUCGGUUAGGCAGGACUUUACAGGCAGGCUUGGUGAUGAAGAAGGUACUUGAUGCUCUGUUCAUGGACUGUGCUGUGUAUGCAAUAAUUGUUGUAUGUGGCCUCUCUUUUGCACAGCAGUUGAGCUAGAAUUUGCAUGUUGUAUUUUUAGUAUGACAGCUUAUAUCAGUGAACUUCCCCUUUGGUUUUGUAUUGGUUGGAAAGCUGUAAUUGGAGACAAUGAAAUCUUUUCACUUCAACUUACA